AGAAACACUUCCGGUGUGUCACCGCUUCAGACACCGGUUGAUCAAUUACAAAAUGAAUUUAUGUAAACAUUUGACGAAAACUCAGAAAUUAAAUUUUAAAAAAUUGCUCAGUUUAUUGAAACGGUCCUCCUUCCGAUCCUGUGUUCUACAUCAAAAUUACAGUUCAUCUUCACCCAAGGUGGACUUAUCCAAAUUUCCUGUUGAAUACAUUCGAAAUUUUAGCAUCAUAGCUCAUGUCGACCAUGGUAAAAGCACCUUAUCUGAUCGUUUACUGGAAUUUACAGGAACUAUUCCGACCACAAAGGACAACAAACAAGUGUUGGACAAACUUCAAAUAGAACGUGAAAGAGGAAUCACAGUUAAAGCGCAGACUGUCUCACUGGUACAUACAUAUAAAGGGAAACAAUAUUUACUGAACCUUAUUGACACUCCAGGCCAUGUUGAUUUCCAGUAUGAAGUCUCUCGCUCGAUGUCAGCCUGUCAAGGGGUUCUUCUCUUGGUGGAUGCAAAUCAUGGAGUUCAAGCCCAGACAGUUGCCAACUAUUAUCUGGCUUCGGAGCUAAAGAAAACCAUUAUUCCUGUGUUGAAUAAGAUAGAUCUAAAGGUUGCCAGACCUGAAGAAGUUCUAAAACAACUCAAAUCUAUUUUUGACAUAGAACCAAGUACAACAUUAAAGGUUUCUGCCAAACUGGGUACCGGUGUCCUCGAAUUGCUGGAGACUAUAAUUGAGCGUAUACCUCCGCCACCAAGCGACAGAAAUGCUGCAUUGAAGGCCAUAACAUUUGACUCGUGGUUCAACCACUUCCGUGGAGUGAUCGUUAGCCUCACUCUGCUGGAUGGAGUCCUCACUAAACGUGAUAAAGUUAUGUCAGCAGCAACAGGGAAACUGUAUGAAGUCCAAGAGAUUGGCUUUAUGUAUCCUGAGCAAGUACCCUGUGAGAAACUGUACGCUGGUCAGGUGGGCUACAUGAUUGCAAAUAUCAGAGACAUCAAAGAAGCUCGCAUCGGAGAUACUAUCUUCCAUCCGAAGGCACCAGUAACUCCUGUCGAAGGAUUUAAACCUGCCAAAGCCAUGGUGUUUGCUGGGGUUUUCCCCGCUGACCAAUCUGAGUAUGAUGACUUAAGGAAAGCAAUCGAAAAACUGACUUUGAAUGAUUCAAGUGUUUCAGUGAACAUCGACACAAGCCCAGUGCUAGGACAAGGAUGGAGGCUUGGAUUCCUAGGCCUUCUUCAUAUGGAUGUCUUUAGUCAACGCCUUGAACAAGAAUAUGAUAUGUCAUCUAUUACAACAGUCCCCAAUGUACUAUAUAAAGUUAAAAUCCAUGGAAGCAAGAACAUAAAACACUAUCAGAGCGACGUAGUUGAUGUACUAAAUCCCUGCCAGCUCCCUGAUCCAAACAUUAUUACUGAGUAUCUGGAACCUGUGGUUCUUGGGACUAUCAUCACACCACUUGAAUACAUUGGUGAUAUCAUGAAUCUUUCUAUGGAUCGGCGUGGUGUCUUGAAGAAUCAGAUCAACAUCGAUGACAAUCGUGUCAUGAUUACAAUGGUCUUCCCCCUCAACGAGAUUUUGGUAGAUUUCUUUGAUGACCUCAAAUCAAUGACUUCUGGAUAUGCAAGUUUUGAUUAUGAAGAUUACGGAUAUCAACCAUCAUCCCUUGUGAAGUUGGUGUUCUCCUUAAAUAGUAAACCUGUGGAUGAACUAACCAUGAUUUGUCAUGUAUCGAAGGCCAGACAACUUGCCAAGAAGACCUGUGUUAAAUUGCACACUGCCAUACCGCGACAGUUAUAUCACGUGAUCAUCCAAGCAAGCAUUAGCGGUAAAAUCAUCGCUCGGGAGGAUAUCAAACCUUACAAGAAAGAUGUCCUUUCAAAGUGUUACGGUGGUGAUGUCACACGCAAAAUGAAACUCCUUCGACACCAGGCUGAGGGGAAGAAGAAAUUACGUCGGAUCGGAAACGUGGAUGUCCCUCGAGAUGCGUUUAUAAAAAUCCUUCAGAAGUAAAGCAUCCAGAGUGCCAACCCAUGCACAAUGACACUCCGUUUCUGUCUGCAUCCCAGAGAUACACAUGCAUAGAUGCGAACUCAUGUCCAUAGUUUUAUAUGUGAGUGUGUGUGUGUGUGUGUGUGUAUGUGUUUAUAUACAAGUGUGUAGUUUUGUGUGAAUGUAUACAUAUACAUGUCCAUUGAAAUA